UAAGUUUAAGGAUGACUGAAGCUAUUUCCUCUCCCGGGGAGGUUUAAAAGCUACGGAGGGAUGAAUGGGGUUAGACCUAUCGCUGCAUUUCUAGCAGCCAUCCUAUUACAGCACUGAAUAAAAGCAAGAAUGGCAUGUCUAGCCUAGGUUAAUAAACCCUACCGAGUGCAUGCCUUAAAAGCACUAUGAAACAGCCUUAAGUCAGCUCGAGAUAACUAAUUUCAAGCAUGGCUGUCUAGUGUGCCUGUCAUUCCUAUUGUCCUUCCAAACUAUUUCAGACAUUUUGAGCAGGGAGUACUAAGCUAUGACUUAGCAGGGGUUGUGACAUUAAUGGUCCAAAAAGGUUUAAGCACCAGGAGGGAACGAUGACAGCACUUAACAACUGGUGGCAGUUUGGAGGAUUCCGCUGGAUCUCUGUUUAUUAAUAAUUAGGCUUCGCCUCGGAGGAAGAUGUGACAACUAUCGGAGGUCCUUCCAUCGUCCCACUGCAGCAAGCAAAGCCAACACUGGGCAACCCUCUAAAAUGUUUAUUUGGACCAGUGGCCGGAGCUCUACAUCUUACAGACAUGAUGAGAAAAGAAAUAUUUACCAAAAAAUCAGGGAUCACGAUCUACUGGACAAAAGGAAAACAGUCACAGCCCUAAAAGCCGGAGAAGACCGAGCCAUACUCCUUGGGCUGGCCAUGAUGGUGUGCUCUAUCAUGAUGUACUUCCUCCUGGGAAUCACCCUGCUGCGGUCUUACAUGCAAAGUGUCUGGACAGAAGAGGCUCAGUGCUCGCUUCUCAACGCAUCCAUCACAGAAACCUUCAACUGCUCAUUUAGCUGCGGUCCAGACUGCUGGAAAAUCUCUCAGUACCCCUGCCUUCAGGUGUACGUUAAUCUCACCUCUUCUGGCCAGAAGCUUCUGCUCUACCACACCGAGGAGACAAUGAAAAUUAAUUCUGAGUGUUCAUACAUACCCAAGUGCGGCAAGAAUUACGAGGAAUCCAUGUCGCUGGUGAACGUUGUGAUGGAAAACUUCAGAAAGUACCAACGCUUCUCCUGCUUCUACGACCCCGAAGGUGUUCAGAAGAACGUGAUACUAACCAAACUGUACAGCUCCAACGUGCUGUUCCACUCCCUCUUCUGGCCCACCUGCAUGAUGAUCGGCGGGGUCGCCAUCGUCGCGAUGGUAAAGCUGACUCAAUACCUUUCCCUCCUCUGUGAGAGAAUCCAAAGGAUCAACAGAUAAAAACGAAAACUUCUCUGAGAUUUAAUUACAGCUAAAAUACUGUUUUCUCAUUCUUCACCAAAGAACCUUAAGUUUGUAACGUGCAAGUCUGUUAUAAGUUCCUUACUAUAUUCUUAUAAGUAGAGCAAUAAUGCAAAAGCUGUUCUAUAUGCAAACAUGAUGUUAUUAUUAUGCAGACAACUGAAAAAAAUACUGUUUUGUGUUCACCGUCUGUAUGAUCUUGUUUUUUGCUGAAACUAGUACUUCUUUCUUUUCUACAGCCAAGAUAGGGCUCAGUGUGACCAUUUGCCAAGCUUAGUCGAUUGACAUUUUCAAUGUAAAGGAUUCUGGGGAAAAUUCACUGCUGGACAAAGGGAAGCCAACCACUUGCGCAUCACUGAGGUCUCACCCCUGGCUCGGUCCGUUUGAAGGAUUUGUGGUGUUGCUUUUUUAUUAUUGUCUGCACGGGUAGGGGGGAAAGCAUUGAUAGGGGUUUUCUUAUGGUAAGAUGGCACAAAAGGGACAUAUUUUGAGGCCAGGAUAAGCAUACAGUAUGUUUAGCCUAAGUAGGACUUGGUGAUGCUUUGUGUUUGCUCCCCCAGUUCAGAAGUAAAUUUUACUCUCUGGUGUUUAAGGUCUUUUGGAAAACACUUCGGAGUUUUAUUUUAUUUAGUGCUAUAAUUUCCUUCUAUCUUAUCAGUAUCAUCUUUGUCACUUGCAUAAGCUGUAGCCAAAAAAAAAAAAAAUCACUGUGUUCCAUUUUUCUAUUCUAGUCUGAGCCCUAUUGAUGGAGAUGGGACCAGAACACCUUAUGUAAAAGUUUAUUACUCAUUUGUCUUGUAUUUGCUACCAUAUCACUGUAAAGAAAAAAAAUAACACAAUCAGCUAUUUUUUCAUUUUUUACUUCCAACUAUUUUAGAUUUUUUUACUUGAUAUAUAUACAGAUAUAUAUAUAAAGAAAAAGCUAUAUUAUAUCUAGUUGUGUAUUGGAACUUGAUUAUGGGAGGUUUUUUCUUUGUUUUUACCAACUGGAAAGUAAACAGUAUAACUCAUGUAUUUAUAACCUUCAUCCUUGGAUAAUAUCAUAACAUGGAGGAGCAGCGCUGCAGGAUCUUAUCCAAUAUUCAUGAUGUUGUUUCAGUCAAAGGUCUCUCUUACUGUGACAUCGGAAUUGACAAAAAUCUCAUCUGAUUCUAUGGCUCUAUUAACGGAAUUGUUAGAUAAUCAUAACAAUACAUCUGGAAAUCUCUCCCGACCUUAACUCAGUAUUCAGUGCUGGCUGAUGUGAAUUAUGAUUUCAAAGGCCCAGAUACAAUGAUUUAUUGGAAAAACUGAGAUUCUGACUAAGACAUUGUCCUAUCUGUCAAAUAUUUACCACAGGGAUCUUGCCAGUAUAAUUUCAUGCACACUACAGUCACGAUUUCUGCAUAAUUUAUUUUUAUUCCCCCACAGAAAGGAUUCCUUCCUAUGUUAUAUUUUAAAGACACCUCUCUCAGUUUCUCAGCCUGAAGGACAAACACGAGGCAGCUCCUGUGAGCACCCUGCGAACUCACUAGCGAUCCAAUAGCUCAAACAAACCAUUUACAGGCCUUUUCAAACCAAGAAACUAACUUCCCCCCACCCCCGAAAAAAGACUGCAAAGUAUUCUGCCUAGUUCAUCUAUAUAUAAGUACCUUUCCGCAACAUAGCAUUAAAAAUUUCAAGAUGUUACAAAACUUUACAAGUCAUGCGAGUGUAACGUGAGCUGUAAAAAAAUGAGUUCUUGGCAGUGAAAAUGAACCUGCAAUCUUGUAAUCAAUAGUAUAAUUUUCUUUAGGUAAAUAAAUUCCUGGAGGGUGGGGGUAUAAUCAGGGCUCCAAAAAUAUGUAAUAAAAAUAUUAAAUUAAA